AUGGCGGAAGUUAACACAGCGGCUGCAGCAUCGUCGUCAUCCUCGUCGACAAACAAUGUGACGCCGGCACAGGCGAGUGUCAACGGCCGCGAGAUGAACACCACCACCGUAACAGGCGGAAUUGGUGGCAACAGCCGAAAGACAUUCACAAUCCCAAAGUUGGACGAAAAACAGUUGGAAAUAAAAUACUCUGAUAAUCACAAUAGUGGUUCUACCUUUAUUGUUGCCGAGGGAGGUCCCAGCAAUAACACAACGGAGGUAAACUCCGUCCCGUUGAAUUCCAAUGCCCCUGCAUUUGUUAUUGGCUCAGGAAGUCUAUAUACUAACGCGAAUGUGCUUGUUGAUAGUCCCUCCGCAAACGCCGCUUAUCUCUCCUUGCUGCAGCAGCAGAGUCUCCAGUACCAAAUGCAACAAGUUUCAUCAGCCGAGCAGGAGCUUUAUCUCACCCGUGAGAUGCUGCAGCAGUGCCCGCAUCCCGUAUUGGUGAUGGUGUUGUCAUCUCUCGUUGACGAGAACCCCGCACUCUGCCCGUUUGUGCGGCAGCGCUGCGAGAGGGCCGCCGUGAUUUUAUCUCAACAACAACAGGCCGCCGCCGCCAUGGCCGCCGCCGCAGCCGCCGCUAACAGCAACAGCAACAGCAACAAUAAUAAUAAUAAUAAUAACAACAACAGCAGCAGUGUGAAUAACAAUAACGGCAAUAUCAAUGGCAAUAAUGGACGUUUCACUGCCCCGUGGGUCUCCCACACAGCGGCGGCGAGUAAUUAUGAGAGCCCGAGGCCCGCCGCUUCAUAUACAUCAAGUGCAUCUCCGCAUGCCGGCAGUACUCGCAAAGGCCGUGGCAACCGUACACGCGAAGAGGGUCUUUGCAGUGUACACAACAGUGUGCGCUCCAUGAAUCACUUGCAGCUCAACAAACAGACAGGACUACACGAGUGUGUGCACGGCUUCCACUGUCUUGAGGACGGCGGAUCGGCAGCGGUAACGCCUUCAAACUUUAACACUAGCUCACCAUCGCCCUCACACGCGAAAGGUUCAUUAGCGCCAUCCAGAGAUGCCCAUAUCAAUACAGCCUACAGUAAUAACAGCUCACCCGCUAUGAAGAAUAAUAGCAAUAGCAAUCUGAAUGUUAACGGCGGCAAUAAUAACAGUAAUCAUAGUCAUAAUAAUAAUAAUAAUAAUAAUAAUAAUAAUCAUCAUCAUAAUAAUCAUCAUAUUAUGAACAAUAACAACAACAACCGAAACAGCAUCAAUGGAGGCACUUUGUUUGGAAGCAAUAUUAACAGCCGUGGUGAAAGUGGUGAAAACCCAGUGGUUAAGGAGGAGAGAGGCAACACUUUAUUCCAAGCCCUUAAUGACUCAGAUAGCAUGAACUCUGGGUUUGAUAUUCUGAACUCUAUAUUGCAGAGUGUGCGAGAGAUCGCCGAAGAGGAGGGGAACGUAGAAGAAUCAGUAAAAUAA